AUGUCAGAUCAAGGUUACUGCACUGGUGAAAUCGUGGAAAGCCAAACAAUGUUUGAAAAGAUAUUCGAUGAAGCAGUAAGUUCCCAUUCGAGUAUUUGUUUUUAUGGUCCAACUGGUACUGGAAAAACAAAAAUGCUAAUGCGGCUGUAUACGGAAUUACGUAAAAAAAAUAAGGUCAAGAUAACAUCAUUAACUGCACGAGGAGCUGUCCGAUUUCGAAAAGAACUUGGUGAAGGAAAAACACUUACCAGACUUAGUGGUGUUGGUACUAGUGAAAAUGAGAAUAUUGUGUCUGCCAUGGAUUAUCUCGCAAGUGAAAUCUCUGAAACAGAUAUUUUAUUAAUUGAUGAUGUUAGUUUGAUGAAUCAAUCUGUUUUUGAAAAAAUUCACAAUUGCUUUUGUCAAAAACGUAAUGAAUACAAAAAACCAUUCGGUGGAGUCCGAUUAAUUAUAGCAGGAGAUACAUACAUGACGUCAUCAGAUGAGUUUCCAAGAUUUUUCGAAUCUUACAUUUGGGAUAAAUGCGCUUUUGUCACGUAUGAGUUGACAAAUUCUUUUCGUUAUGAUGCUAAAAGUCAACACUGGUUCGAUAUGUUGCUACGAAUUCGUUGUGGAACAGUUAUAGAUUCCGACUUGGAAAAAAUUAAAGAACUUGUUGCAGAUGAAAAUGAAGUCAACCUACGUUUGCAAGAAUAUUGGAAAGAUAACGAAACACAUGGAACUACUGAGUUUAUAAUGUAUAUAUGCACUCGUAAGGAUGAAGUUAAGUCACAUAACGAUGAACAGCUCCGAAAAAUCGAAAACUCAGAAAUUAUACCUUUAGAAGCUCAUGAUGAAGUUCCUGAAUCAGAAAAAAUAAAAAAUAUACUUACAGUGAAACUGGAUAAUGAAAUUGAUAAAAUUAUUGAAAUGAAAAUUGGUGCUACUGUUGUUACUACACGAAACCAAUCGAAUAUACCAUCGGGUACAGUGGGAGUUGUUAAACAAAUAAGUGAUGACACUGUGACAAUUGUUGUUACUAAUAGCAAAAAAGAAAUUGAAAUUAAACGUUGUUCAUAUGAUGUUGAAUAUGAGGACGAAAAAGAAACAUACUAUGCAAAACGUCUUCAAUUUCCUAUUACGCUGGGUUACGCUACGACAAUUCAGAAAGUAUUAGGUAUUGAGUUUGAGAAUGCUGUUAUUUCUUUAAAAGAACUAUGGUUGGAAGGUUAUUUUUAUACCGCUCUGAGUAGAGUAAAAAAUUAUAAAAAUAUAACACUCUUAUUACCUCCGUAUUUUUCCAUACGCAGUUUUAUUAAAAACUCUUCACGAAAUGGUGAAGCAUUUAACAAACUAAUUAACUUAAAUCAAGAUUAA